CCCCGAAGCGGGGCCGUCGACAACUCGCGAGGUGUUUGGUCGAAGUCCCGAGAGAGAAAAAGAGGGCGCGCGCGGGAGCAUGGCGACGACGGGCAAUACUGGGUGCCCGGCGCCGCCACCUGUGACCUCGAAUGGGUCAUGGGACGGCGACAAUCCCCUCCACCACGCGCUGCCGCUCAUCAUCCUGCAGAUCUGCCUGGUGGUCGUCGUCACUCGCAGCCUCGCCUUCCUCCUCCGCCCCCUCCGCCAGCCUCGCGUCAUCGCCGAGAUCAUCGGUGGAAUCUUACUUGGGCCGUCGGCUUUGGGCCGUAGCUCGAGGUUCAUGGACAAUGUUUUCCCCAAGCGGAGCUUGACGGUGCUGGACACCCUCGCCAACAUCGGCCUCAUCUUCUUCCUCUUCCUCGUCGGCCUCGAGCUCGACCUCCGAACCGUCCGCCGCACCGGAAAGGGCGCCCUCUGCAUCGCAGUCGCUGGCAUUACCCUCCCGUUCGUCCUCGGCGUCGGCACCUCCGUCGUGUUCCACUCUACCAUCGCCAAGGGAGCCCGCUAUGGCCCCUUCCUCGUCUUCAUGGGUGUCGCCCUCUCCAUCACUGCUUUUCCCGUCCUUGCCCGCAUCCUCGCGGAGCUCAAGCUCCUCACCACCGACCUCGGGCGCACGGCCAUGGCCGCUGCUGCCGUCAACGACGUCGCGGCCUGGAUCCUCCUCGCCCUCGCCAUCGCCCUCUCCGGCUCUGGCUCCCCAAUCGUCACCCUUUGGGUUCUGCUCGCCGGACUGGCCUUUGUAGCCGUCGCAGCCUUCUUCGUCCGACCGGUUCUCGCCUGGAUGGUCCGCCGUUCCCACAACGAGGGAACCAUAAAAGAGUCCUACAUCUGCGCCACCCUCGUCAUCGUCCUCGCGGCGGGAUUCACCACCGACGCGAUCGGCAUCCAUGCCCUCUUCGGGGCCUUCGUGAUAGGCGUGGUCGUGCCCAAAGACGGGCCUUUCGCUGGUGUGCUAAUCGAGAAGAUAGAGGAUCUCGUAUCCAGCCUCUUCCUUCCUCUCUAUUUCGUCUCCAGCGGCCUCAAGACCAACGUCGCCAGUAUCAGCGGCGCGCGUUCCUGGGCUCUCUGCGCCCUCGUCAUCAUCAACGCCUGCCUCGGCAAGAUCAUUGGCACCAUUGUCGCCUCCCUCAUCUCGAAGGUUCCCGUCCGAGAAGCCGUCACGCUUGGCUUCCUCAUGAACACUAAAGGCCUUGUCGAACUCAUCGUCCUCAACAUCGGCAGAGAUCGCAAGGUGCUGAAUGACGAGACGUUCGCCAUCAUGGUGCUAAUGGCACUGUUCACCACCUUCAUCACCACCCCUAUCGUUAUGACCAUCUACAAGCCGGCUCGGCGAGCGCCUCCAUACAAGCACCGGUUAGUGGAGAGGGGCGACAUGGACAGCGAGUUCCGUAUGCUCGCCUGCUUCCACGGCAGCCGCAAUAUUCCCACGAUCAUCAGCGUGGUGGAGUCCUCCCGCGGCACUGGCCGCCGCCGCCUGACUGUAUACGCCAUGCACCUCAUGGAGCUCUCCGAGCGCUCUUCCUCAAUCUCCAUGGUCCACAAAGUCCGCCGCAAUGGUCUCCCCUUCUGGAACAAGGCCAGCGGUAACUCCGACCAGGUGGUGGUCGCCUUCGAGACUUACCGCCAGCUUAGCUCCGUCACCGUUCGUCCCCUCACGGCCAUUUCAGACCUCGAAACCAUCCACGAAGACAUCGUUGCCAGCGCUCAGCAGAAGCGCGCCGCUCUCAUCGUCCUGCCCUUCCACAAGGUGCAGCAGAUGAACGGCGGGCUCGAGUCCAUUGGCCACGCCUACCGCCUUGUCAAUCAGCGAGUCCUCCAGCAUGCCCCUUGCUCCGUUGCCGUCCUCGUGGAUCGAGGCCUCGGUGGCACCACUCAGGUCGCCUCCAGCGAGAUCUCCUAUACUGUCGCGGUCCUCUUCUUUGGUGGCGCCGAUGACCGUGAGGCACUCGCCUACGGCGCGCGCAUGGGGGAGCACCCGGGGAUCGCCCUUACGGUCCUCCGCUUCUGCCCCGCGGCUGCAAAUCCAGAAGACAUCAAACAAGACGAGGCGUGCAUAGCCAAGUUCAGGGCUAUCUUGGAGUCCUCCACAGAGGCGGAGCGGUCGGCCAGGUUCGAGGAAGCGGAGGCGGCCGACAGUGCCGGGAUUAUAGCGGCCAUCAAGCGCCUUGGGCGGUUCCACCUGUUCCUCGUGGGCCGCUCUUCUUCGGCGGUUCCGCUGGCGGAGAAGAGCGAUUGCCCGGAGCUGGGCCCUGUAGGUGGCUACCUAGCCUCGUCAGAGUUCUCAACCAUUACGUCGGUUCUGGUAAUACAACGAUACGGUUCCAUGGUCGGAGCUUCGACUCUGGUGUAGGAUUUUGAUAAGCAAUGUGUAUAAUAGCCGGUGGUUAACAUGGUCUUAGUCACUUGAUGGUUAUUAUCUUUUUAUUUUAUCUUCCUAAUUGUCAAAUGAAUUGGGUAAUCUACUGUACCUGAGUACAUAUAAUCUGCAUUAUACGGAGAAAUCCUUAACAGAA